AUGCACAACGAUACGCUGCCGGUGGGCACUGGCCACUUCUUCGAUAGGCGCUCUCAGCUGGCCAUCGAUCUCGUUACCCUGUCGGCCGUGCCGCAGGUUCUGUCCAACCACGUGUACCUCCCGCUCGUUCGAGAGCCACACGUUGUGCGGGUGGAGCCCCGCUAUGUGCAGGUUGGGCCAGGCACGCCGCUGCCGCCUAUUCGGGUGACCGGCACCGGUAUCAACACAGCCUUGGACGGCUGCUGCACUGCCUCCGCCGAUCAAGCAGCCGGAACCGUCAAGGAGGAUCGCCUGAAGGUCCUGACACGACCAACUUUCCUGUACCGCAUCGCUGGGGCCCCUCCAAAGAGCUGGCUGUUGCCGGCGCAGCCGGAAGGCCCUUUCACGGCGCGGUGCGACCUGCCGCCGGAUGUUGUGGAGAUGAUCGGCCGAAAGCUCUUCGUCACCUACUCGCCGAAUUGCAAGCAGUUUCCCUCAGAAG